UGACAUUUAAAACUACCCCUAUCAAAAUCAAAGUCCCCAGCCCCUAAGUUCUUUGUGUACGUUUUCAAUUUUUGUGCAUUCUCAUAAAAUACCAAUUUAAAUAAGUUGACUCUCCGCAAAACAUACAUAAAAAUCUAAAAGAAAAACUCCAAUAAUGUCUUUCCCAAGAGUAUUAUUAACAGUUGGUUUCAUUUCAUUAUUCCAUUCUGCAUUUUCAGCAGCUCAGCACCGUUCCUAUCUACGUAUUACAUCGCAGGAGUUCACAACGUUACCUUUAGAUAUAGUCAUACAAGCAGUUGGGAGCCUAUUUGCAGUCAUGUGGGGUGUUAUGUGUAUUGCUGGAAACUUAAGGGAAAUACAGGCAGCUGCUGAAUUAAACAACUCAACCUGGGAAACACAAAUGAAUCUACCUUCAUUCUACAUAUUUAACCACAGACAGAAGGCGUUGAGCUCAGAAUAUGUACAAACUUCAGGGAAAGGAGACUUGGAGAAUCCUGAAUAAAUAUAGCUUUUCAUAGAGUUUACUUAUUAGUAGUAGUAGUUUAUUUAUAUUGUUAGGAUUAAUAAUUGACAUGGGCGAAUGUUUAGAAGAUGCUUUUUGUCAAUCUCUUCAUUAAUAAUAUGUAAGAACCAUGUUAUAGUUUUCCUAAUUAAAGUAUUCAGGAAUCAUUUUAUUAAAUAUUUAUUUUGGGUUACACAUUGAAUUGAAAUAUUAGUGUUGGCAGAAGCAUUGCUAGAUUUAAUGGGUGUUAGUCGCACACUUUAAUAAAGUUAUUUUCAAACAUACUACAUAUUAUGUGUAUUGAGUAAUGUAUUAAAAGUUUUAUUU